AUGCCGGACCCCCUGCACGAGGUUCGCUACCUCAAAGACCCGGUGCCUCUCAACAAAAAAGGGUUCCUGGUGCGGAUGUGGUAUGCAGGCUGCAUACACCACAAUUGGCGUCUUGUUGGCACGAACGUUCAGGUGGCAAACGUACCCCCACCGUUUAAGGGAACGAGGGCGCAGUACCUCGUGCGACGACUCCGCCAGAUAUGCUUGGGCCUAGUCAUGCUCGACAUAUCCGAAGCCUACAUGCAUACCCAUCUCCACCUCUUCACACCCGGCGUAAAGGAAGCCUACUUUCCUCCCGGUCUCAUGGGGUUCCUGGCACGCGCAGGCUGCAUGGCGGUUUGGCUCGUCAUAACCUACACAGUCCUGAAUAUGUCGUAUUGCGUGCUCUCCUCCGCUGUCGUCGCGACGUGUCUCUCGGAGCCCGCGGACUGGCCGGACCUGUUCGGGUCCCUGUAUGAUGCGUAUACCGUGCGCCGGGUAUGGGGGAGGGUCUGGCACCAACUGCUACGCCGCCACUUCGCGCACUGGGGCAAGCUCGCGGCGCACGUGAUCGGUGCGCCGCGGGGCUCCUUCCUAUCCUCCCAAGCACAAAUACAUGGGGCCUUCCUGUCCUCCGCGGUCCUGCACACCAUCGCCGACCUCGCGAUCGGCCACGGCACGCGCUAUCUAGGGAACUCGUUCAAGUUCUUUCUCCUGAACGGAGCUGCCGUCACGUUCGAGGGCGCGGUCAUUAUGCUAGCGCAGCGGUUAGGCGUGCGCGGGCCGACGCGCAUCGCAUACAUGCUGGGCUAUGUGUGGACAGCCGUGUGGUUCACGUGGGCGGUGCGCUUCUACCAGGAGCCAUUGUUCAUGGCUGGGAUGGGGCAUGUGCCGACGCUUCCGUAUUCGCCGACGCGGGAGGUGGUGCUGCCCUUCCUGUGA